GAGAUGAGCGGAAGUCGAUGGAAAUAGCCAGGCCAGACUGAAUCUGACAGCCUGUCGCUGGGGAUCCAAACACUUCGGACCUGGUGGUUUUUCUUUGACUUGAAAGUCCGAAUGGUGUAAAAUGAGAAGAUACGUCAACAUGGUGCACAUUUCGGAGCAUCCACAGUCGACGCCGAAACUCCGGGCGUCACUUUUCGCCUUUCUUCUCUUGCUUGUUGUCUCCCUUGUUGACGCCAGCCGCCGUCCGCCACGAAGCGUCACCCUCUCGACGGAGGAAACGGUAGAAACUUACGACAAAUACUACAAUUAUGUUGACCUGACCGGACGUUUACAGGCCUUAGCUCAUAAGUAUCCUCACAUAGCUAACCUGUCGAGCAUAGGUCUGUCUGUUGAGGGCAGGCAGCUCUGGGUGAUGCGGAUCACCAAGGACCCCAACGGAGACACACCGGGGAAACCUAAAUUUAAAUACGUUGGGAACAUGCACGGGGACGAAACCGUGUCCAGGCAGGUGCUGGUGUACGUCGUAGAGUACCUGCUGACUAAAUAUGGAGAGGAAUCGCGUAUUACUGAGCUGGUGGACACCACGGAUAUUUACAUCAUGCCCAGCAUGAACCCCGACGGCUUUGAGAGGUCCGUAGAGGGCGACUGCGGGGGCCAGUACGGGGGUCGAAAUAAUGCCCACAAUAAGGACCUCAACAGAAGCUUUCCUGACCAGUAUGCUGGGACAAGUGCUAACCCAGAGACUAUCCCCGAGGUAAUGGCUGUGAUCAGAUGGAUCCAGGAAAAAAAAUUCGUGCUGUCAGGGAACCUGCAUGGUGGCACUGUGGUUUCCAGUUACCCUUUUGAUGACUCUGCCUUCCACCAGCGGAAUGGCCACUACAGUCAAUCAGAGGAUGACAGCCUGUUUCGCUACUUGGCCCUGGUGUAUUCCCAGAACCACCCUGGGAUGAAGACUGGUGAGCCCCACUGUUCCGAUGCACCUGAAGAAACUUUUAAAGAUGGCAUCACCAAUGGGGCUCAGUGGUAUGACAUUACUGGUGGGAUGCAGGACUACAACUACCUGCAUGGUAACUGUCUGGAAAUCACCAUGGAGUUGAGCUGCUGCAAAUAUCCUCCUGCUUCUGAGCUCCAUAAGGAAUGGGAUCUGAACAGGGAAUCCCUAUUGGCCUACAUGGAAAAGGUCCACAUAGGUGUCCAUGGUUUUGUGAAAAAGGCCAUCAAUGGUACCGCCCUUGCCAAUGUCAGCAUUGUGGUGGCAAGCAUUCGCCACAACCUGACCACAGGACAUAAUGGGGACUACUACCGCCUUCUACUCCCAGGAACAUACAACAUCACAGCUGUGGCCCCAGGGUACAUACCAAUGACAGUCCACAGUGUUCUGGUCGAGGAGGGCAAAGCCCAAGAACUGAACUUUACUUUGGCACCUGUGGUCAAUGAGGGCUCAGGUGGCAUCACUGUGACUACAUACGCCAUGCCAUCCAACAAUGAUCUAAACCUCUCCACCACCACCAACUCUUCUGACUCCACCCAGCACCGGGUGGCACCUGAAGCAACAAGCAACAACAGCCCCCCUAUACUUCCACCUAUACAUCAGCCCAUCCAGCCUCAGGAGUUUCGUCACCACAGCUACUCAGACAUGGAUCUGUUCUUGCGCAAGUACAGCAGCGAGUUCCCCUCUAUUGUCCAUCUUUACAACAUUGGCCACUCCGUGGAAGACCGUGAGCUCUAUGUGAUGGUUAUCUCAGACAACCCCACUGUCCAUGAGCAUGGUGAGCCAGAGUUUAAGUAUAUAGCCAACAUGCACGGUAAUGAAGUGGUGGGCCGAGAGUUAUUGCUCAACCUCAUUGAGUACCUGUGUCGUAACUAUGGUACUGACCCGGAGGUCACUGAGUUGGUCAACAAUACCCGCAUUCACAUCAUGCCUUCUAUGAACCCCGACGGAUAUGAGGUAGCCACUGAAGGUGAUGUGAGGGGUUACAAAGGGCGCAACAACAGCAACAAAUUCGACCUGAACCGCAACUUCCCAGACCAGUUUUUUAUCAUCAAAGAGCCCAGACAGCCAGAAACUAUAGCUGUGAUGAACUGGGCGAAGAGCAUCCCCUUCGUCCUGUCAGCCAACCUUCAUGGAGGCUCCUUGGUCGUCAACUACCCCUAUGACGAUGACAAAGACGGGCUAUCGCAGUACAGCCGUUCGCCUGAUGAUAAAGUCUUUCAGCAGGUCUCUAGAGCCUACUCACAGGAGAAUCCUUUGAUGCACAAUGGACACCCUUGUGUAGACCUGUACCGUGGGGAAUAUUUUAAGGAUGGCAUCACCAAUGGUGCCAACUGGUACAAUGUUCCAGGUGGCAUGCAGGACUGGAACUACAUAAACACCAACUGUUUUGAGGUGACCAUCGAGCUAAGCUGUGUAAAGUACCCCAUAAGCAAAGAAUUGCCCAAAUAUUGGGAACAAAACCGACGGGCCUUGCUUCAGUUCAUACAACAGGUUCACAGUGGAGUAAAGGGCACAGUCUCUGACUUUGAGGAUGGCACAGGAAUUCCCAAUGCCACCAUUAGCGUGGAGGAGAUAGACCACAAUAUCACCACAGCUCGCACUGGGGACUACUGGAGGCUGCUUGUCCCUGGGACUCACUAUAUCACCGCCUCUGCCCAUGGUUAUACACCUGUCAGGACCUACGCCACAGUCUCAAAGGAUCAUGUAGAGUUGGUGGAUUUCAGACUGACACGUUUCCACUCAGACCCUAAUGGCCAGUCUCCCAAGGGCCCCCAACCUACACAGAACCCAUCUGAGAAGGCAUUCCAGAGCCUAAUCAAGGACCUCUCUCUAGGCCAGGGUUUGGAGCAGUUGGUCAGCAGCACGGCCACGGAGAACAGCUUCCGCUACAGACGCUACAAAGAGCUCUCUGGCUUUGUGAGAGGCCUCACGCUUAACUUUCCCAAAAUUACAGCUUUACACAGUUUAGGCCAAAGUGUAGAGUUUCGAACCAUUUGGGCUUUGGAAAUCUCCAACAGACCAGGGGAAGCUGAACCUUCUGAGCCCAAGAUCCGCUUUGUAGCUGGAAUCCAUGGCAAUGCCCCUGUGGGCACAGAGCUGCUGCUGGAGUUUGCUGCCCUCCUGUGUAUCAACUAUGGCAAAAACCCAGUCAUCACUAGGCUGAUCAAUGAGACUCGGAUUGUCAUCGUGCCUUCUAUUAACCCAGAUGGACGUGAACAGGCUAUUGAGAAGCAGUGCACCUCCACCCAGGGCUUGAACAAUGCUCAUAACAAAGAUCUGGACACAGAUUUCUUUGGCAAUGCAUCACAGCGUGUGGUUGAGGCCCAACCAGAGACCAGAGCCAUGAUGGACUUGAUUCUAGACAAGAGCUACUCUCUGUCUGUUGCCCUUGAUGGAGGCUCCCUUGUUGCUACCUACCCCUAUGACAAGCCUGUCCAGCCUGUUGAAAAUGAGGGCACAUUGAAGUACUUGGCAAGUGUUUAUGCUAACAACCAUCCUAAGAUGCACCUCGGGGACACUGGAUGUACACAUAAUGGGCAGAUGGGCAACAUCCCAGAUGGAGUUAUGAGGGCUGCAGAGAGACAAAGUCACAUGGGAAGCAUGAAGGACUUCAGCAUGGACUUUGGUCACUGUCCAGAGAUCACCGUGUAUAGUGGCUGCUGUCUCUUUCCUCCUGCUGAGCAGCUGCCCACACUCUGGGCUGAGAACAAGAAGGCUCUCCUCAGCAUGUUGGUGGAGGUCCAUAAAGGGGUGCGUGGCGUGGUGCGGGACAAGAGUGGAAAGCCUAUUGUUGGGGCAAUCAUUGUACUGAAUGGGGGAGUGAGAGUCUUUACUGCAGAGGGCGGCUACUUUCAUGCACUGCUGGCUCCUGGCAACCACAACAUUGAAGCCGUUGCUGAUGGAUACCAACAACAACGUCAAGAGGUGGUGGUGUCUUCCUAUGAAGCGGCUAGCUCCAUCGUCAUUGAGUUUGACAUGGACAACAGCAUCUUUGGCCUGCCCAGAGCGUUUGUGGUGGCCAGUGCGGCCGCCUCCAUGACGGCGUUGGUAGUGACGGCGUGCAUCAUCUGGUGCGUGUGUGCAGCCAAGUCUAAUCGUCAAAAAGAUGGCUUCCACCGCUUGCGACAGCACCGAGAAGAAUAUGACGAUGAGAUCCGGCUCACCUCCAUGGGCUCCAAGAAGUCGCUGCUCGCCAAUGAGUUUCAGGACGAGAGUGAAAGCGACGAGGAGACACUGUAUGACAACAAAAUCUGAGGGCCAUUGCACAAAUGUGGCUGUUGGCUCACUAUUUUAUUUUGUUCUCUCCCUUAAAUUUAUCCAACAAGGAACAGUUUGAACUCUAGACGGCAUCUUUGUCUCUCUUUUAUGACGGAAAUAUAAGAGUGAUAAAGACUCUUUGUUCUGUUAUAACAACAAGGACUCACUCCCAGUCACUCGGUUAUUAGUGCUACUAAAUUAUUACUUUAAGAGCAUCCUGCUGGCAUCUGGACUGAAAGGCAUGCUCCAUCUCUACCUGACCGGAUCAGGAGAAAUAGACAAAGAGACGGCGAUUUAAAAGAGGGAGAGAAAUAAAUAUUUGGUCCACUGUGGCCCUCAUCCAGCCAUCCAUUCAUCCAGCCAUCCAUCUUUAAAGCAGCUUUUGAGUUCUAAAUUUCUUUUGUUUCUGAGCCACGCUAGAGUGCUCUUAUAGAUCACCACCUUUCCUGCCUGGCUGAGGGGUUCCAGCUGAUGAGUCUAAAUUAACGCUUUAAAUUGGACUUGAUGCUACAUUGAAGUGUCCGAGCCUUUGGGAGACUGAAUCCAACACUGUGCCUUGGCUUCUAGUUUACAGUCCGGUCGGGCUGAAUUUUGUGACGCAAAGCAGCAACAUUAGGAAUAUAUAAUAUUUCAUCCCUCCUAUACUCAGGUGGCAGGGAAAGUAAGACGUUAUGAUUUGAAGGACUGCUGAGUCCAGUGUUGCACUGUUUCUGCACAGGUGACUCAAGGCCGUCUGGGCUCGGUUCAGUAGUUUUUGUAUUUUCCCAGUGAGUCAAUGUUGUGGCCAAAACUAUCAUGAUGGGAUUUAGAGCUUCAGGGGAAUCUGUUACCAAUGAAAUGCUUGAAUGAAACCCUUCCCAGUAAGUGCAGGGUGCUCUAAUGUAUGCAUUGAGGUCACUUGCACUAAAUGGAAAUCAUUUGUUUUGAUUGUCCCAUGUCAUGGGCCAAGGCAAUUAGUUUAUAAAUAUGUAAUCAUAAAAAUGAAUGUAUUUGUUAUCCCUUUUUUGUUUGUUAUUGUAGGUUAAUUUCAAACUGUCUAUGGAUAGUUGAGUGUGCCCUGUUUUUAUUAUGGAUGUGCAUUCUCACUGUCUCAUAAAAAGGAAUAUGAAUUCAGUUUUCUUUUCAAUGUUUUAGUGUUUAUUCUCCCACUAACUAAUUACUGAUCACUGUCUAGCAAUCAACGUCGGAGCCAUCCAGCUACACAAUUUAAAGGUCCUGUGCAAAGAAAUUUAUGGAUCAUAAUCCAUUUUACUGAGAUGUGGUUGAAAGCUGAAAAAAAAAAAAGCUAGCAAAUUGACCUUUUGAGUUGAGGCUUUUAAAAAUACUACACUUGGGUCAAUGUUACAUGCACUGUUAAUUAUAUCCCUUCAGGCAGUCUUCAGGGAUGCUGAAAAGUGGCUUCAAAGAACAUCAUAGUUUGGUGCGAAAUAAUAAUUUGCAAUUUCUCUUGUAAAUUAAAGAAGCUCAUUUGUCAUUCCACAACAUUUGAGGGGUAUAAAAUCUAGGGAGCAGGUUUUUGUGCAGACAUGUAAGAGAGAGACCUCUGUGUUGGUAAUAAUGUCCAUGCACAGAUUUAACUUAAGCAUCUUCGAGUAAGUAGAACUACCAAAACAAACCAAACGCGGGUUUCUUUACAUCACAAAUCAUGUGCAAAUAUCUUAAAUUAAAUUAAAACUGCUGCACUGGAUCAUUAAAAUAAGCUCUUGGGAAUGCCAUGCAUGUUUCUCCUCACACUUUUUUUGAAGGAAUAGACUCUUGUUCCUGAAAUAAUUUGCCUUGAUUUCUAAUUUGAGAGAAGAUUAUUUUCUUCUCUUUUUAUCAAAUGCAGCUGUCAUCAGUAAAGUUAAAAACCUAAUACCUGCAUCGGGAGACCAUUUUGUACAUUCUUUUUCUUAUGUCUGUGGAUGCUUGUGUAUGAAUUUUUAAAGUUGAGUGUGUCAGGGUCACAGUGUUGGUGUGAAGAUUUUAUAUGAACUGGAAUCAACUGUAAAUAAUGUUUGACAAAUGAGAAUGGAAAAAUAAAUGCAAUUCAUGUUAACCAUGAAUUUACACCAAA